AUGGAAGAACAUAUUUUAAGAAGAGAAGAGGUUUUGAGAAAAGCAAAGAGCAUGAUCAUGGAGACCGAUGAUCCUUCAGAAGAGCUGCUUCGGAAGAUUUUAAUACACCAGGAACUUCUUUCAAAUAGGAAUAUCAUUUUGAAUGAUGAUUUCUACUCUAUUCUAAACAGUAAGAUUAGUAUCCAUCCGGAGAUGAUUGAGCUGACCAAUAAGAAGGAGCAAGUAGAAUGUGUUCGGAUGGAAAGAAAGCUGAUAUGUCCCAUUAGCCAAAAAGAGGUGGUUGAUGCAUAUAUCGGAGAUUGUGGCCAUGUAUUGGAGAAGAAAGAGGCUAUGAAGUAUAUCAGAAACAACUCUAGGGCCAUAUGUCCACAGAUCGGAUGUAACAAGAUACUAGUGAAGAAAAGAAGAUGA